CGGAGAGUCAGUCGUCUUACGCCAUUUUGGAUGAUCGGAAGAAGCGAAGGCUGAAAAGCAGCCAGUACAUCUUAUAAUAUCCUCACCAUCCGAGGAUUUUGUUGAACAUGGAGAACUCUUACGGGAUAGGGGUUCGUAACCGUUACGAACUCUUUUACGACGAAGACAUCGACCCUCUGGAUUUGAUAAAACAGACUGUUAAGACGAAGGAAACUAAAUCUUCGUCGGAAAAGGAAAACAAGACCAAGGGACCCAAUGCGAAAACUAAGACCGCGCCUGCCCCCAACAACAAGAAAGGUGAAAAACCCGUAAAGACUGACAAUGCCGGCAAGAUUACUGACAAAACAACCCAACCAGUUGCUCCGACAAAGGGACCCCGCACUAAUGAAGGUCGUGUCAAGUUUUCUGACCGGGAAGAGCGCAACAACAGACGGAAUCGUACUGAGGGAGAAUUUAGGGAUGCCCCACCCCCCAGGUUUGAAGGCGAAGGUCGAGGAGCUUUGACACGUGGCCGAGGGCGUGGCAUGGGUCGUGGUCGUGGUAGAGGUCGUGGAGGAAUUGGAGGACCUGAUGGCCGAGGAAAGCGAGAGUAUGACAGGCAAAGUGGAAUGGCAACUACUGGUGUUAAAUCUGUUGACAAACGUGAAGGCUCUGGCUCAUUUAAUUGGGGGUCGGACAAAGACCAAAUUGAUGAGCAGCUGAAUGCAGCCCCUGUGACUAAUUCAGACCAUGACACAUCUGCUGAAAAUGUGGAAAAGCCUCCUGAAGAAACUGGAACUGUUGAAGAGGAGCCUCCCAAGGAAGAGGAAAAUGCCAAAGAGAUGACCUUAGAUGAAUGGAAAGCUAUGCAAGGAAACCGUAACAAGCCUCGGUUUAACAUCCGCCGAGCUGGUGAAGGAGAAAACCAAGCACAAUGGAAGAAAACUUACAUUCUGAAAAAGAAAGUGGAAGAAGAAUCUGAUGAGGAGGAGGAGGAGGAAGAGGAAGAUGAGGAAGUUCACCAUAAUCGCAGAAAGGUUAUUCUUGACAUAGACUUCCAGUUCUCUGAUUCGCCUGCUCGUGGACGUGGACGAGGCCGUGGCCGUGGUGGACCAGGUCGUGGACGUGGAAUGGAUCGUGGAGGAAGAGGUGGCGGUGGUGGUGGUGGAGGAGGUGGAGGAGGAGGAGACCGUGACCGUGACCGUAUGGGUGGGGGAAGAGGUGAGAGACGUGGAGGAGGAGGAGGAGGGGCUGGUCCACGUGGUGGACGAGGAGCUAGUCGUCAGGAGGCUCCUAAAAUGGAUGAUGAGCGGGAUUUCCCCUCUUUGGGGUAAGACCAAGUGUUGCCUGCUAGUGCUCACUAUGAGUAAACCUAUUCUAAUUAGGUUUGCCCUUGCUAGUUUGGUAGCACUAGAAAAUUGGAUCCUAAAGACCCGAGUUCGUAAGGUUAGGGAUCCCUGUGCGUAAGAGUUCUCCGUUGUUCCAUUUCAUGCAUCAUUCUAUACAGGCAAAUUUUCCCUGUUGCCGGGAAAGUCAUAAUGACUAGAUCUCUUCAUGAACUUUUUAUUAUUAUUAUAUUGACGUUGAUACAAGAAUUGACUUCGUCAGUUUUUGUCGUGGAAGCUGGUAAAGUUUUCGAAUACCUUACUGCUGUUGGAAGUUGUCGUGAGUUUUGUGCUCAAAAGAUAAUUCCCAUGAUACAGAAUAUCUUAUAAAAUUCUCCAAAAAAGCUUAUGUUGUAAAUAUCGAUCAGUUCUGUCACGGUGGUUGACGGGGUAGUGAUGGUUCUUAAUUAUGUACAUAUGUCAGGCUCGUAUUAUAAUAAUGUCUUUGGUUUUUGUGUUGUACUAUGGCUGUCACUACCCUGGCGGAGGCUUGCCAUGCUUUUUGUACUUGAUAACUAAUAUAAAAAAUAGACCAAUAAACAACAGAAAUUCUCAA